UCUCAACCAAAGGCAGCAAUGACUUCCACCACCAAAGAAGUAGACUUAGAGAUUCUUCCUUUCAUCCGGGUCUACAAGGACGGUUCAGUGGAACGCCUCGAAGGCUCACCAUUUGUUCCACCAACACCUGAUCAAGACCCAGAAACUGGGGUCUCAUCCAAAGACAUAACCAUUUCAGAGAACCCUUCUGUUUCAGCUCGCCUUUACCUCCCAAAACUUACUGAUCACACCCAAAACCAAAAGCUCCCCAUCUUAGUCUACUUCCAUGGUGGUGCCUUUUGCAUAGAGUCCGCCUUUGGAAGCAUCUACCACCGCUACCUCAACAACUUAGUCUCCCAAGUCCAUGUUCUUGCUAUCUCGGUCGAGUACAGACUUGCACCAGAACACCUUCUUCCAGCUGCUUAUGAAGACAGCUGGGCUGCACUUCAAUGGGUUGCCUCUCAAUCAGCUGGUAACGAUAAAGAGCCAUGGUUAAUCAAUAACGGUGACUUUGGAAGAAUAUUUAUAGGAGGUGACAGUGCUGGUGGCAAUAUAGUGCAUAACAUGGCCAUGAGAGCUGGUGUUGAAAGCUUGCCUUGUGGUGUUAAAAUUUUAGGUGUUUAUCUUGUCCACCCACAUUUUUUUAGUUCUCAGGCAUAUGGGUCAGAGUCCAAGGAAGGGCACGAGAAGAGCUUGCUGUAUGCAGUUUGGGACUUAGUGUAUCCCUCAGCAACUAGUGGUGUUGACAAUCCAAUGGUCAAUCCUGAAGGGCCAGGUGCACCGAGCUUGACUGGGAUUGGGUGUGAUCGGAUGCUUGUGUGUGUGGCAGGGAAGGAUAAGAUGAUAAAGGAAAGAGGUGUUUGGUAUUUUGAAAUAAUGAGGAAGAGCGGGUGGAAAGGCGAAAUAGAAUUGUUUGAAGUGGAGGAAGAAGGUCAUAUUUUCCAUAUCUUCAAUAUUGAGAGUGAGAAUGCUAAGGCUAUGGUCAAACGCUUGGCUUCUUUUAUCUUCAAGUAAAAAAAAAAUUCUGGCACAUUACAGAAGGAAUGCUGCUUGGAACUGUAACUGCAGCAAGCAAUAAUAAUUAUAGUGGU